AUGUAUUAUCAUAAUUCGUGGUUUCCUUUAGCACAAUUUAGUGCAAUGGGAAAAUAUGUAGUUGGAGAAGUGCAGCGUAACACGGGCGAAGAAAGUUACUGGUAUAACGAAGAAAACAUGGCAGCUGACGUGGGAGAUAACGAGCAAGAAAUAUCUAUUGAUAAUGAAACAGACGACGCCCCGGUAUUCUCAAUAUUUGAUAUAGCUAAUAUUUUGGCAAUAUUUAAAUUAAAAGAAAAUGUAUCACGUUCUGGCAUGGAUAGUUUACUGGCAUUGCUACGUGUUUUACGUGUGACAAAUGUCCCGAAAAAAUACAUGACACCUAAAAGAUUGUAG